AUGGAGAAGAUCAUUAGGAAGGCCUUGAUGCAGUUCCUCGAGCAGCACCACCUCCUGUCUGACGCACAACACGGCUUUCGAAGUGGUAGGACAUGCCUCACGAAUGUGCUCUUUACGCUCGCACACUGGACCGAAGCACGCGAUGAAGGCAAUGUGGUGCACGCCAUCUACACCGACUUCAAAAAGGCCUCUGAUUGCGUUGCCACUAAAGUCUCUUGCGUAAACUGCGCAAUGCUGAAAUUCGUGGACGCCUUCUUGUAUGGAUCCAGGGCUUUUUGGCUGGACGGUCCCAAACAAUGCAGGUCGGGCAUCAACAGUCCUCGGAGGUAAGCGUUGUGAGUGGCGUUCCACAGGGCUCAGUCUUAGGUCCCACGUCAUUACUCGUUUUCAAAAAUGACUGCGUCAAGGACCUAGACUGUGAUACCAUCCUGUUUGCCGACGACAUAAAAUUGUGGAAAGUUAUUUACAAUGCGGCAGACGCAGACCACCUGCAAGCAAACUUGAACAGGCUCAAAGACCGCUCGAAGCGCCGGCUUAUGGCCUUCAAUAUAAGCAAGAGCAACUUUCUUCAACUAGGCAGCUUCAGAGCCUCCAGCCCCAGGACUUACUUUCUGCAUGGCACACCAUUGCAACAUGUCGACAGUCAGAAGGACUUGGAUGUAUGGAUUACAUCUUCACUCAAAUCAACACUGCACUGCGAGAAGUCGGCUAAAUCGGCUAUGGCUACACUGCAACUCAUUAAGCGAGCAUUUAUGAGAUUUGACCCAGACUGUUUUUCCAAAAUAUUUGGCACCUACGUGCGGCCUCAUCUAGAAUGCGUCAUACAGGCGUGGAGGCCAUGGACUUCCAAGGAAUAUACCGUUUUGGAGAAGGUUCAGAGACGAGCGACCAAAAUGACACAAGGUCUGGGAGCGCUGCCCUAUGAAACCAGACUGUCAACUCUCAACCUGUUUCCCCUUUCCUACAGGCAAAUACGUGGAGACCUUAUACUAACAUUUCGCAUUAUCAACGGCCUGGACUGUUGUUUACAUCCCACUGAUUAUUUCACUCAAGCUAACACGCCCACUCUGCGCGGUCAUCCCCUAAAACUAUGCGCCGGGAAAGCAAGGAUCAAUGAAAGAAAGUUCUUUUUCAGUCACAGAGUGGUUGCAGCGUGGAAUGCCCUGCUACCGAUGUUGCAAAAUCCUCCUGUGUGAAUUUCUGCCAGUGUGGACUUGAAGCGUAUCAAGCUUCCUAAUUACCAGCCUCACAUCCACUCACUUAAGCAGGGUUCCAACUUAAAUUUGCUUAUACUACUUGUAACUAGUAAGUAAACGUCAUUGUUUACUCUUUUUCUACCAGCUGUCAGCAGUUAUGUACAAAACCCCUUUAUGACCAAAUGAUAAUCGAUCAGACCUGGAAGAAUGGAGAGCUAUAACCCUGUUAUAGGCCAUCAUUAAACGCAGACUUAACUCACUGUAGUUGUUAACCUUAAGUGCAGACUGCAGCGUAUGCUGCCCGUGCUGUGAGGACAUCAUGCCACAGACGCAUGACAAGCGAACGAUCAAGGUCAUGACCCCUGUUCACACCUUCUUUGUGCAAACUGGCCAACCAUCGGCCUAUGACAGUCUCCUCCCUGCCAUAUACCCGGCCGUUUCCACAAGCUUCCACAACCUGUGCUGUCUCUCGUACUCAGUACACGUCCUAUUUCCAAUUAACCUUCUGUUUUGUAUGUAUAAGAUUGGCAAACAUGUCUUCAUUGCUGCCUACACCCUUACCUCUCUGGCUAAAGAACACCCAGAAACCCUUCAAAUGACUCGUGGUUGCAAUGGUGGAAGACAUGUGAUUAUUAUAUUAAACUACUCAAAAAUGUGUCACCCACGAUUGUACUUGACGUUCCAUCUAAGUUGAAACUCCUAUGGACGAAUCUCGGAGAGUUGGCACAAGGAUAUUUCCAUGACCUCAAUAUACAAAAGACUACAGAUCUCCAAUCAGCCUUCACAAAACUGAAGUCAGCGCGGGGAGGAAAAGACAACGUCUUCCAAAGUCGCUAUCGUUGUUGUCAAAUGCGUCAAGAAAUCAGUCAAUGUGUAAGUGAUUAUAUUACUAAUCUGACUCUGGCUCAAAGGACAAUGGUCUGCUGCUGCUCCGCACCUGCGCAUAACACCGCCUUAUCCUGACAAACACUUUCUUCUGUCUGCCGGAGCGAGAGAAGGCCACUUGGAGGCAUCCUCGGUCGCGUCAGUGGCACCUGCUCGACUAUGUCCUCGUCUGAAGGCGUGACCAGCGGGACGUGCUGGUGACGAAGACGAUCGCGGGUGCUGACGGGUGGACCGACCAUCGCCUCGUCAUCUCGAAGAUGCGUAUUCGCCUACAGCCUCGCAGGAGACCUCAAGGUAAGCGACCCCCAGGUAAGCUGAAUGUUGCCUUGUUGUCCUUGCGCGCUCACCAUCUCCAUUUCAGCAAUGGGCUAGCUCAACGGCUAGACAACCUCCCCAUCGCCGAUGCCGUCGCUGCCGAAAACGCCUCCGUGGAGAACCGCUGGUGUCAACUGCGAGACACGGUCCGGUCGACGGCGCUCACCGUCCUCGGUCGCGCUCCCCGCCAACACCAGGACUGGUUCGACGACAACGACGCCGCCAUCAGAAAUCUGCUAGCUGAGAAGAACCGCCUACACAAAGCCUACGUCGAUCACCCCACUGACGACAACAAAGCUGCUUUCUACCGCAGUCGCCGCCAACUUCAGUAA